UUUCUCCUACAGCCUGGACGAUGAGCGGUGGGAGUGAGUGGGCGGGACAGUGUGAUAUUCCCCCUGAGGAGUUUCCAUGGAGUGAGGAGGUGUGUGAGGAAUUGUGGGAACGUGUGGAGGGGGUGCGGCACAAACUGACUCGAAUCCUGAACCCAGCUAAACUUACACCAUAUCUGCGUCAGUGUAAAGUCAUCGAUGAGCAGGACGAGGAUGAAGUGCUGAACUCCACACAACUUCCCCUACGCAUCAGCAAGGCUGGUCGUUUAUUGGAUAUCCUGAGGGGGCGUGGUCAGCGUGGAUUGCAGGCCUUCAUGGAAUCUCUAGAGUUUUACCAUCCUGAACAGUACACACAACUGACGGGCCAGCAGGCCAUGCAGCGCUGCUCCAUGAUGCUCGAUGAGGAAGGUCAUGAAGGUCUGACCCAGUUCCUGCUGUUAGAGGUGCGAAAGUUGCGAGAUCAGUUGCGUAACAGUCGCAUGUGCGAGCGGCAACUCUCGCAACGCUGCCGUGUAGCUGAGGACGAACGCAGCCGAGUGGAAAGGAAAAACCAGGAACUCAGACAGGAGCACAGCCAGCUAGAGAGGUUGAGGCAGGACUGUGAGGCAGGAGCGAGGGAGUUGGGUCGGCUGAAGGAAAGACUUUUGGAACAGGCAGUAAAAUAUUCACGAGCUCUAGAAGAACAACGUAACGCGUCCACCCAAGAGAGAGAAUUACUGUCACAGAUAGAGCAACUGAAGAACAGACUAAAGGAGGCAGAGAAAAGUGCUCAUGGAGACUCUGCCCACUCAGGGUCUGUCACAGUGAGGAGUGGAGUGUGUGUGAGUGUGUGUGGUGCCCCUGCUGGUCAGAAGGUGGUACUGCAACACACAGAUUCGCUGAGACAGCGCAUCACUGGUACACAGGCACUGCUGGAUAUUCUUCAUCAGGACCAGAGGGAAGCAGCAGAACAGAGGAAGGAGCUCUGCAGUACCAUUAUCAGACUUCAGGGGGAGUUGGAGAGUGCUGAGACGGUUAGAGAAAAGUUGGAGACUCAGUGUGAGCAGUUACAGUUGAAGUUGCGGACUCUGCAGUUGGACUGGGAGGAGGAGCAGAAGAAGAGUUUGUCUUACUUCAACCAAAUCAUGGACCUGGAGAGAGAGCGAGACCAGGCUCUGCGCAGUCGGGACAGUCUGCAGCUGGAGUUCACUGACUGUCUGCUGGAUAAGAACCGUCUGCGUAAAUGCAUCACCGAGCUGCAGGGCAGAGUGGAACAGCUGCACAGAGAGCUGGAGAGAGAGAAGGACAAGAACCAUGAGCAGGAACGCACACACUCACAGUGCUGCAGUCACGGGUCUCACCUGUCUCUGCUCAGUGAGGAGUGUUUUGGGCCGUGCUGUUCACUCAGUCUGACCUCCCACGACAGCUCACUGCUACUAAAUAAGUCUCCCUUAAAUGGUCAGAACGGUGAGCACUCAGAGGACUCCCACUACAACUCUGAGGAGAACCUGCACAGUGCAUUACACAGUGCUAAGGAGAUAAACCGACUCUCCACCUUCCCGUUCCCUCCUCACAUAAACUCCAUCAACCGACGAGUCAACACUGAGUUUGAUUUGGAUUCAUGGGGCAGUGAUGAAACAGAGAACAUCACAGACACUGAAUCAUCACUGUGGGAUUCAUGCAGCUCUCUACAGUCCUACUUCUUACCUCCUGAUCCAGUCAACCUGCUGCCAAAUACACACACACAUCACACACUGGAGUCAGACCCCACACCUUCCCCUCCCCCCACUAACACAAGUCUGGCUGAUGACAUCACUGUUGUCGGGGGCAACCGCACUGGUAUAUUUGUGCAGACGGUGAGAGCGGGGUCAGCAGCGGAGAGGUGUGGCCUCAGAGAGGGCAGUGAGUUAAUAGAGUUGGAGGAGGUGUUGUUUUCAGGAGGUCGUGUUGAUCUGAGUCAGUGUACAGGUGCCGGUGGAGCCUUGCAGCUGCAUUAUGAAGAAGAGCCAGAGAUGACUGAGGAAGACCCCAAGGAGGAGAGCAGCAAGGUAGCCGGCGAGCGCACUCCACUGCGGGUUGGCUGGACGAGGAUUGAAAAUGAGAAUACAGAGAAGGACAAAAUCGCAGAUGAGCUCCUGUACAGCUUCUGA